AAACUUAUUUUGAAACCGGACGAUUGGGAAACUCGUCGCCAUGGUAACGGAUGAAACUUCGACGAGAUUAGCUAACGUUAGUUCAGUUGACGUUAGCUUUUGAGCAACUAGCGUUUUCUUUUUUUUUCCGUAUUUGCUCCCCCUUGUUGUAGCUAGCGGUGUGCUACUAGCAUGCAAUGGAGGGGUCUGAUACCUACUUAAUACGACCCAAUCCCCAGAACAAGUUUAAGCCAGCCAUUGUGAAGGAAUGCAUUCGUGAAAUUGUAAGGGAGCGACUGUCUGGGAAGAGGUACGAACCAGAGGAAGUCCCAGAGCUGUCCCGUUCACUUGCAGAAAGCAUUAAGGACAGAGUGAAGAAUGCAGGGUUUGACAAAUAUAAGCUAGUCGUGCAAGUGGUAAUUGGAGAACAACGUGGAGAAGGAGUCAAAAUGUCUUCAAAGUGUUUUUGGGAUGCUGACACAGACAACCAUGCAGAAGAUCUUUUCAUAAAUGAGAGCUUGUUUUGUCUGGCGGUAGUUUUUGGAAGCUAUUACUACUGAUCUUCUAUCUUUGUCACACACAACUGAAUUUCUUGUAAAUAUUAGAUCAAGUCCUACUUUGAGUUUGACACUAUGGUUUUGUUAUUUCUUGAAGUGGACGCCCUGUUCAUUAUAUAAGUAAUAUAAUUUGGUAUUUUGAAAACUAAUACAAUCUUUUGAAAAAAAUGUUUCAACAUCAAAUGUCCAACAUUGUAACAAUAAAAACAUUUUGGAAACUA